AUGGGAGAGGCCGACCCGGCCCUUCCGGUCAUGGACACCCUGCCGCACCCGGCCUGCAUGGCCUGGCCGCUUGUCCCGCGCCCGUCUCUGGUCCUCCUGCCUGGCGAUCGGGGCUCGACCGCGGCGCCCAUCCGCUACCAUGUUUCCGGCCUUGAUGCCUGGGCUGAUGUCGCCAGCGCUCCGCUUGCGGCUGUGGUGGUGGCGCUUGCCAAGGCGCUUCCGCGCAUCGUACCCGGCGCGACGCUCGUCACCGCUGCCCCACUCGUCGUCCUCGCCCUGCCCAAGCUGAAGAGCAAGGAGGAAGCGCCUUUAUGCGAUAGCGGGACAGAUGCUCUGGCUGCGGCAGCCAAGGCCCGAUCGAUGAUCCGAGCGCGGAGAGUGACCGAGUGGCUUGCCGAGUGGCUCACGAGUGAGCUUCUCGGCCGGCUGGUUGUGUGCUCGGUGUGCGGCGGGCACUCGUCGAGCUCGCAGCUGGCAGCCGACGGCAACGCCUGGCACGCCACCUGCCUCCACUGCGGGUCACGUUCGAGCAUUACGCUGCCAGUGACUGAUUGAGGGGAGGGGGGAGAGGAGGGGGGCGUUGCGGGCUUGCGCCUCAUCGCCGACGCUUGCGCCCUCCUCUGGCCUCGGGGACCAUGCCCCGAUAGCGGGCGGCGAGCUGGGCGAGCUCGUUGGCGCCGUCGACGGCCGAGUGAGUUGAGAGAUGGAACGGAUCGAGAUGCGACGGGCGAGCCGAAGCCUGGUAGAAAAGCACAUAGCCUUGCGAGGCUGCGACGUACUCGGGCGAGCGCUGGGUCACCUUGUCGUCGUCAAACUCGAACCACGACCGAGUCGAGUACCGCGCCAGGACCGAGUAGUGACCCAUCGACACGGCACGACCGUGAUGCACAAUCGCUGCUACCAGCGAGUAAUGCUGCGGCGCCUGGCUCGCCGAGUACCGCCCCAGAUUGAGCGGCCGUGUGACCGGGAACUCGACAUGCGCCCGAAUCUUGGCCUGCCGCGAGUUGGCAAACCGGAUGCGGUUGACCUGGAGGACAACAACCGGCGGAAGCUCGAGCGAGCACGACCGCGUCGCCACCGUGUACCGCAUGCAUGUCGAGCAAAAGUACUUCGAGUCGUUGUCCAAGACCUCGGUCCGCGUAGCAUGGUCGAGGCAAGUCUUGAGCGCCACCGAGCCGCCCGACGCCCCGAUCUCCUCCGGCACCUGCACCCGCAGCGUGAGGAACGGCUCGCGCCGAUGCGUCUGCGACUCGCACGACGAGCAUGUCGUCGUAUACUCCUGGAAUCCCUGAAAGACUGCAGUGAUCGGGUUGACGUCCCACUCAAAGUGCGCCGUCGGCAGCCCACCCCGCCCCGCCAUCGGCGGCUCUGUCAGCAGCUGCGGAAGGUAGCUGCGAAGGAAUUGCGACAUCUCUUCCUGCAGCGUCUCCAGAAGAAAAAGCACA